AUGACGUCCGCAACCCCUCCAAAACACCAGACUCUUGAGAUCUUGGACCUCAGCUCCCCGCCAGCAUUCACCAAACCCUCGAAGCGCAUCAACGAAGGCCCCGACGUCGCACGCUUCCUUACCAGCCUCGCCUACCGCGAUAUAGGAACCUUCAUCCUCCAGCUUAACCACGCCUUAUGUCCUCGAAACCAAACGUCGUCACCCCUCCCCCGCACCUUUCCCCUCAAUUCGAAACCGCCGACAUCGCCGUCCGUCCAAGCUCUACAGAACCUUUUGGCAAAGGUUGAAAGCUUCAUCGACCAAGCACCGCCUGACCCCGGCCCUCGACGGUUUGGGAAUGUCAGCUUCCGGAAGUGGUAUGCUAUCUUUGAGGAGCAUUUGGACGAGUUGUUGGGAGAAGGGCUCCUAGGUGAAACCCUCAAGAUUGGCGAUGGAAAGGCGAAAGAAGAAGUCUCUAGCUACUUACUUGGUGGUUUCGGCAGCGUUCAAAGACUAGACUAUGGAACUGGACAUGAGCUCAGUUUUAUAGCAUUUCUUGGCUGUCUAUGGAAGCUGGGAUACUUCAAAGAUGGACAACAAGGAGGCGAGAUCGAGCGCGAGAUUGUCCUCAAGGUUAUCGAACCAUAUCUCAACGUGGUGAGGAAACUCAUCCUAACCUACACUCUCGAACCCGCUGGUUCCCACGGCGUCUGGGGCCUCGACGAUCAUUCCUUCAUGCCCUAUGUAUUCGGCUCUGCACAAUUCACACGACCUAUAAACGAUGACGAACCAAUGCCUUUGGAGGGAUCUGUCAAAGGUGCGCCGAAGCCUAGUGACGUUACCAAAGCCGCUGUUGUGGAGGACCAGCGACAGGUCAAUAUGUACUUUUCUGCCAUUGGCUUCAUAAACGACGUUAAGAAGGGGCCGUUCUGGGAACACAGUCCCAUUCUUUUUGAUAUCUCUGGUAUUCGGGAUGGUUGGGGCAAGAUUAACAAGGGUAUGAUCAAGAUGUUCAACGCCGAAGUGUUGUCCAAGUUCCCAGUUGUCCAACACUUCCCGUUCGGUUCGCUCUUCUCUUGGGAUGCUGAUCCAGAUGCUGCAACUCCAACACAAAGCGUCCAUAUGGCGAACCAGCCAACCACAGCAGCUCCAGUACCUUCAGGGCCCGGAACAACUGCGCCAUGGGCUCAAGCUGCCAGAAUGCCAGUUCCACCGGCAGCUGGGAUUCCCUAUACUCGAAUGCCACCACCAGGACCCAGUUCAGGGUCACUUGCUAGGUCACCUCGAGGCGCUACACCAACAAGUGAAUCUACCAGCGCCCAAAUCACUGUUACCAAAGCACCAUGGGCUAGAGAUUCUUAG